UUCUCCGCUGACGCCGUGAGGGACGGAUCGGGAGAUCGCGUUUUCUCUGAUAACGAUAUAUAUACGGAAUAAAACUAUAUAUGUAUUUAAGUUGAACGGAGUCCGAAAAGUUCAUUGAAAACAACGGACGAGAAGAAAUGAGAGAAAAGCAACGCGCGUCCCGUCGAUUUGGAACAGAAGGGGAGACGAGAAUUUAAAAAAUUUAAAUAACCCAGAAAGUGAUUCAUUCCAAUAAUUUAAAACUACGAAACCCAACUGUUCGGUGCGGUUUCCCUAAUCGAAAAUAAACCAUCCAGACGAUAUUUGAAAUCCAAAUUUUUCUUCUUCCAAUUGUUGUUGCGAUAAUUACGUCGAUUUUAAUAUUCGGACGAAUAUCUCUCACGGUCAUCGUUUUACACGUUCUCCAACUUUUUUAGUUUUUAAUUUUUUUCCCACAUUUUUAUCGCCACCUUUUGCCUGGACCGACGUUGAUACGAAAAUCGUCAACCGCGUUACUUUGCCACCAAAAAAAAAACCUUUGGUGUAUUUCAUUCCACGUAUUCUUUUGACCUCGAAUGUCACAGGUCUAUAAAUAGGGAAAGUGAGAUAGCGACACUCGAGUGAUUGAUAAAAAAUACAUACUCGAAAUGACGUAUUUAAUCGCAUCGAUAUACGAUGUUAUUUAAUAUCAUGGAGUUACGCGAGUUCACCAAAUCUUGACGAUAUACAACGUCGACGAUCCUCGUAUACGAUAUCAAAGCAAUAACACGAAGUACGAAUAAAUAUUAAACGAAUCGCGGUGUCCUGUAAUUGUUACAGCUCGAGUUCGUACAGUACCUCACAACACGGUACAUUUUACAUAAAACAAAAAUAAAGUAAAUCAUUUUUACUUCAGACACCGAAGAAUAUCAUCACGAAGUGUGGUAUUCGGUAGAGUGCUUUUUACUGUGGUUCUCAUUCCUAUUUCUUUUGCUUCCUCGUCAUUGAUAAAGAAAAACAAAAAAAAAGAAACAACCAUAAUUCUUGUGUGCUUUUGUGUGUGUCCUCGUUCGUAUCAAAGGAAUAGUAAUCGACAACGUAGUAACGACGAGAAAGAAAAAGUAAAGUGUAAUUUUUGAUAACAGUGGCAGAUUAAAUUUAUUUGUUGCCGAUCUUUAUUUUCGAGAGAACUAGUGGUUUUGAAGUUCCUUAACAGAGUAAAUCAAAAGUAAAGGAGAGUAAGCGUUACUACAAGUAAUUGAAAUCACGAGUGAUUUGUUUCGUUUUACUUGGAAGUAAAAUACAAGUGGAAUACAGAAAAAAGUGUUGGCAAAGCUGGGAUAUACCUACUAAUGAUCAUGAUAAUAGUUAGUGCUACUCUGGAGUCUAUUUAAAAGUUACUUUUGUUACUGUGUUUUACAUUAACAUCUUACUUCUAUAUUUUUUCUUCUUAAUGCAUUCAACUCCGUACAUAUCUUCCGUUGGAAUAGGGUAUAUAAAAAUUGUGUAUGUUUACGUAUAAAUUUUUCGAUGGCGUAUUUGCAGUAAAGUUACUGCGAUUACUUUUUUGUGGUUCCUGUUGUUAUUGUUGGUGGUGUUGUUGUUUUACUGUGAAAAAGAAGAAUAUUUUUUGUGACAGUGGAAUUCAGUUUUAUCUAUAUUGAUAAUCAAUAUUUUUUACCGCUGUACGAAAACAAAUUACAACAACGGAAAUCCCACUUCGAUCAAGAAUAGCUGAAGUACCCCUCAGGAUGGAGUGCCGUUGGGCUCGGCGGAAAGGCCUUUUAGGUUAUAUACUUUUCCUCCUUCUCCUGCUACUUCUCAGAGUCGGAAGUCACACGGUAGCUGCGAAAAAUUCUGAGAGGUACGACGCGGCGUACGAGUGCGAAGGUAAAACAUUGACCAUCGAGUGCGGCGAGGGCGAACUGAUUCACCUAAUAAGAGCGAACUACGGAAGAUAUUCGAUAACGAUAUGCAACGAACACGGGAACACGGAUUGGAGCGUCAACUGCAUGUCCCAUAAAUCGUACAGAGUCCUCUUCGACGAGUGCGAUCACAAACGGAAUUGCAGUAUCGUUGCAUCCACAUCAGAAUUCGGUGAUCCCUGUCCGAAUACCUUAAAGUAUUUGGAAGCACAUUAUCAGUGCAGAUCCGCUGCCACGACGACCAGCACUUCGCGUCCGAGUCCACCGUGGCUCAUAACUUCGCAGCCGAGUGUCUGGAGUACCGCUAAACCGACGGUCAGGCCACCGUCGAGAAUUACGGCCCCGCCGGUCCAACCGCCGCCACCUCCCGCGCCACCGACACCCGCGGUAAUCCCGACCACCUUGCCCAGUCCGACGACGACGUCGCAGCAAAAAGCGUCGGUGGACUCGCAGGAGCCCGUCUUCGAGGACGACACCUCGCCGCCCGUCAAGGGCGUUCAAGGACCCCCGGUGCCGCCCUCGGUGUCGGAAACCACUCAGAUAACGCCUACGACGUUUUACCCGUGGCGGACCAGCCGGAGGACGACGGUGCCGAGCACCCUGUGGCCGGAGUCCAGUUCGAACGGUCAAUGGCCCGACUACAACAGUCGUCACGUUUGUCUGCCGGUUAUGACGAGGAAUCUGUUCUGGAACACGACCAGGGCGGGCGACGUCGUGGUGCAGACUUGCCCCGGCGGUGCCACCGGGCUGGCCAGAUGGAAGUGCGUCCUUCGGGGCGACGGUGCCGACUGGUUUCGCGGAACGCCCGACCUCAGCGAGUGCCGUUCGGUGUGGCUCACGGCCCUGGAAAACCGCGUGAUAGACGGCGACGUUAUACUAAGCAUAAGCAGGGAACUGUCCCAGGUGACGAACAACAGCCGCGUACUGUACGGCGGCGACAUGAUGAUCACCACCAAGAUCAUUAAGAAUAUGGCCGAAAAAAUGGCCCAGAAUUUGAGGACCUACACGGACUUCAGACAGCAGGAGGUCACGGUGAGGGAGCUGCUCCAGGGCGUGAUAAGGACGGGCAGCAACCUCCUGGACAAGGCGCAGCUUCCCUCGUGGAAGGACCUCAGCCACCCCGAACAGAUGAGAGUGGCGACCUCGCUGCUAAUCGGACUCGAGGAGAACGCUUUUCUUUUGGCGAACGCGUUCGAACAGGAGAACACUAUAGUUCAGAAGGGGGAGAAUAUACUUGUUUCGAUCAGGGUGCUGGAGGCUCGUUCGAUCGAGGCUGACUUGGAGGUAUUUCCGAACCAGCAGACGCUGAGGGAAUGGACGGUGUCGGACGAUCGCGUCCAGUUGACGAAGGGCGCGCUAUUGGAGAACAGCGAGAACGGCGUGAUACGUCUGGUGUUCAUGGCGUUCGACAGACUCGAGGAGAUCUUGCAACCGCAGGCGGAAAUAUCGUCGCUAGUCGGCAACGACGAAUCGCAAGCGAGACCGAAGAAUACCACGAGGAUAUUGAACAGCAAGGUGAUAUCGGCGUCGCUCGGCAAAGGGAGACACAUACAGCUCUCAGAACCCGUCAAAUUGUACUUCAGACAUCUGACCGUUGUGAACGUCACGAACCCGACCUGCGUUUUUUGGGACUACAUAAUGAGCGCCUGGUCGGAGGAAGGUUGUCACAUUCACGCGACGAACUUCACCCACACCGUAUGCGAAUGCAAUCAUCUUACGAAUUUCGCCGUACUUAUGGACGUCCACGCGGUAAAACUCGACACGGCGCAUCAAGUCGCUCUCCAAAUAAUCACUUACAUCGGUUGCAUAAUAUCCGUGAUAUGUCUGGUAUUGGCGAUUUUGACCUUUCAACUGUUCCGAGGUCUCAAGUCCGACCGGACAACGAUACACAAAAAUCUGUGCGUCUGUCUUCUGAUAGCGGAGGUACUUUUCGUUUGCGGUAUUGGUCAGACCGACCAGAGAAUCGUUUGCGGCGUGGUGGCCGGACUUCUGCAUUUCUUUUUCCUCUGCGCUUUCGCCUGGAUGUUCCUCGAGGGGUUCCAACUCUACGUGAUGCUGAUCGAGGUCUUCGAAGCGGAGAAAUCACGACUUCGUUGGUACUACCUCGUGGCCUACGGUGUCCCGUUACUGGUGGUCGCUAUAUCCUGCAUAAUCGAUCCUCUGAGUUAUGGCACGGAUCGCUACUGCUGGUUGAGAGCGGAUAAUUACUUCAUCUUCAGUUUCGUCGGCCCUGUAAUCCUCGUGAUUUUGGCGAAUCUGGUGUUCCUAUCCAUGGCAAUUUACAUGAUGUGUCGUCACGCGAACACCGCUAUUUCCAUGAAAAGCAAAGAACAUUCGCGACUAGCCAGCGCAAGUGGAAAGGAAGAGAAUGCUCUUCCCAACAAAUUGCAAGCGCACUUGGCCUGGCUGCGCGGCGCGAUAGUUCUAGUAUUUCUGCUGGGACUCACGUGGACAUUCGGACUGUUGUACUUGAACCAAGAAUCCGUAAUAAUGGCCUACAUUUUCACGGUACUCAACAGUCUUCAAGGAUUGUUCAUAUUCGUUUUUCACUGUGUUCAAAACGAGAAGGUGCGAAAAGAGUAUCGUAAAUUCAAUCGGCGCCAUUCCUGGCUACCGAAGUGUCUACGGUGUUCGAAAACGGUGUCCGGAAAUUCGGCGGGCACUUCGGGUACGAGCGGUGGCGUAGCUGGUACCAACGGUGGGAAGGAAUUCGCCUCCCACAACACGUCGUCGAAUCCUUCGGCACCGACGACGGACAGCUCGGGAUUGUCGCCGCAUGCAGCAGCUAGUUACUUGGUGUCCGGGGGCGGUUGGGUUACGAAUGACAGACAGCCGUCAUCAGUACCGGCAACGGCGACAGCCAUCAAUACACCACGAGAAACUCCUUCGUCGGAUGCUCAUAUCGUAGCGACGCUGCCUCACGCCCGACACGCCUUUCCCUCAGCUCCUAAUAUCCCAAAAUCUGCCACCGCCACUUGGGGACCUCUUAACAAAAACCUCAUGUGGAAGAACAUUUCUUUUAAAUCGUGUUCCCGAGAUUCUGGUCACGGUGGAUCGGAGCAGGAAGAUUCGCCGCGAACACACAGUAGUACAAUGACUCUGGGUCACGGUCGUGCUGCGAAUCAUCGCGGUGAGCGAAGAAUAACAGGUGCCGAUAUCACCGAAGUUGUGAACUCGGCAACGCGUUCGGGUCGUCGCGCCGCGUCACCCUACAAUCACACGUACACGGAGAUACGCGACGGUCGUGGCGGCGGGGUCGGUGGUCACCAUCACCAAAUUCAUCACGGACAUCAUCACGGUCAGCACGUUCAUCUACCGCGUGGUCUGGUGGGCGGCGACGACGACCCGGUCUACGAGGAGAUAGAGCGAGGCGGAGGCGGCGUCGGCGGCGGUGAAAUUCAGGUGUCCGACAUGUCCGACGAGGACGGAAGGAGACAAAGCGACAUGAGCAGACAAUCGUCGAGGAGUUACGGCGAUCAUCGUCCCCUGAUACCGUAUUCUCCUGCGAACGACAGGAGCCUUAUUCAUUACGGUCAGACCAUAGAGAGAAAUAGCGCAGGCGUUCACUGCAAUCCGAAUUCGGAUUACAGUCCGGCCUCGCAAUUGGACAGAACGACGUCGAACAACAGCAGCAGUAGCAGCGGUAACAACUGUUGGGAGAAAAUAAGACGUCAACAGGCGAGGUACGAGCUCGGCGAGUUGUCGAGAUUACCCGGUAAUUACGGUCUGCCUCCUUUACAACAGGAUCACAGCAGAACCGUAGCCGUGUUGGACGGUCACACCGUAGUUUGUCAUUUACAACCUCAGACCGAUAUGUACACCGGGAGAAAUAUGCCACCACCUUCCUACAGCGAAUGUUAAAAAAGAUAUUGUUAAAAAGAAAUUAAUCAUUAUUAUUAAUAAUAUUAUAUUGACACUAUUAUAUUUUUAAAAUCAUUAUUCUUUCUUUCUUUCUGUCUUUUCUUUCUUUUUUUUUUUUUUUUUUUAAACGUACUUUGUAUCGGUGUAUAAAACAUUGAGGGAGAAGAUAAAAGAGAAAAAAAGGAGUAGAAAAGAAAGUCUAAAUAUUGUAGAUAUAUCAUGUAAUGGGCGAGGCGAUUCUUUUCUAUUCUUUGUUUUUGUUAUUGGAGUAAAAAGAAAAACGAGAAAAUAAUAAUAAUAACAAUAAUUAGUUGUGAGGCGAUUAUAUUAUUGAGAUUCAUUUUGUACUCUCCUUUUUUUUCUUUUCUUUUUAUAUCCCUGAAUAGUUUCAGUUUCUUCUUAUUAACCAAACGCUUAUUAUACUAUCAUUAAAUGAAUAAAUAUUAUAUAGUAAUAAUGAAUGUAUGUGAAUCUGACGAUGAGAAUUAUAACGACUAUGAGAAAAUGUUGGAUUGAAUUACACACGGUAAUUAACACGGUCGUGUGUGACGAGUUUGUAUGUUCGGUAGCUGUCGCGUUUUAUUUAAAGAAGGAAAAAAAAGAAGAAGAAAACAGAAAAAAAAAACAUUUAUGAAGAAAUAAAUUAAAAAAACAAAAAAAAAAAAAAAAGAAUCUUUUGUACAGUGAUGGGACGACGAGUGCUACAAGACUGAUAUAUAGCUCAAACGAAACGUAAUAAGAGAAUUAAAGAGAAAAAAGCGAAAAAAAAAAUGAAUAAAUAUAUAAUUAAAACCAGACAAAAAAAAAUCAGUAUAAUAAACUAUUUGAAGUGAGAAAUGCGUCUAAGCUGUGUGUUAUUACGAUUACGAGGAUUACUUUGAAAUUUUAUUCGUUACUUUUAAUUUAUUUUUCCUUUUUUUGAUUUGAACUUUUUUUUUUCUCUUUCGUUUUUCACCCCUAGAUAGGAAAAAAGAGAGAGCGAGGAAGUAAGAACAAAAAGACAUUAUUUUUAUGUAUGAAAUACUUUAGGAAAAGAAUUAGAAAAAGAUGAAGAACGAGACAAAAUAUUUCCUAUGUAAUUACGAAGAUAGAGAGAGAGAAAAAAGAAAGAAGAAUUACCAACAGCAAUUUAGCAAUUAAGAGCUGUAGAGCAGUUCUCAUUUAUUAAAAGUGCUACGAUAAAAAUCUCUUUUUCUUGUAGUUGAGAAAAGAAAGAAAAUCAAACAACACGAAACAAUAAUGAUGAGUAAAAAAAUCUUGAUUAACGAACCAGUUGAGUAACAAAAAAAGAAAAGGGAAUGAAAGAGGAAAAUGAAUAAAUAAAUUGAUUUUUGCAGAAAAAAAAAAAAUACAGAAGAAAUAAGUUUAAUGAUAAAAUUCAACAAAACAUUCGCGUUGUGUGUCUGUGAUUAAUACACCGAAACUCGUAGGAUAUUAUACAUAUAAUAAUUAUAAUAUUAAAAUAAUAAUAAUAACAAUAACAUUAGUAAUAAUAAUGUAAUGUAAUUGAUAAAGUUUUGGGUAGAUAUUAUGGAGAACGGAGAAUGGGAGGGCAAACAAACAAAAAAAAAAAGAAAAAAAACCCAAUGGAACAAAGAAUCAGAAUUCGACGGUUGAAUAUUGAAAAGAGAAAGAAAAAGAAGUACCUAUUAUAGCUGUAUUAUAUUGAGAUAAUUAGAAUAUCGUCGAUUGUCGUCGGACGACAGAUGCGAAAUAUUACAUUAUAAAAUUAAUAAUGAAUAUAAAAAAAAUUGCAAACAAAAAGAAAAAGUAAAAGAAGAUAAAGAAAAAGAAUAAAAUCAGAAGGGAAGAAAUCAUAAAUCUCACAGCGAUGCGGACAAAUCAUAAUAACUAUAAAGAGGAUAUUAAAUUAUUGAAUAAAUAAAUAAAUAAAUAAUUUGAAAAAUCAUGUUUCUAUUCAGAUAUAUCAUUAACUUGUUAAGAUAAUCAGAAGACAUUAAGAAUAAUGAAAAAAAGCAGAAAAAUUAUAAAAACAAUUUAUAGACUCUUAACUACGAUAGUUGUAAUACCUUUAUCGUCGUCGACGUCGUUUUUGAUGAUUAUUUUAUUCGACUUUCUAUUUUUUUGAUAGAAUUUUUAUUUUUCAUUUCUUUUUCAAAGGCAGCAAUCAGCUGUAUUGUGAUUUGUACGAAUCUUAUUCGAUUGGAGUAUUCUAAUUAUCUGUGAAAAAAAUUAACCUCACAGCUCGUCUCGCAGCUAUUCAUUUAUUCGAUAUUUUCUUAAACAAUCGCCAUUUUUUUUUUUAAUUCAAAAUAAAGUAAUCAGAACGAUCACCGGUAACGAUAUAACAAAAAUUCGAAAUAAUAACGAGACACGUUUGAUGUAUAAAAGAAAGUACAGUAAUUAUUAAGGAGUUUCGGAUAAACCGUAAAAUAACGCAAAAGAAGAAAAAAAAUGUAAAAAAAAAAAAAAACAAUUAUGAAAAUGAAUGGUGUCAUCAUCGUAAAUAUCGUGUAUAUCUAUACAUAAUUUAAUAUUGAAUAGAAGGGAAAAAAUGAAAGAAUGAAAAAAAAUGAGAACUUAGUCACUGUUUUUUGCUAUUUUUUUAUAUAAAACGUAAAAUCUAAAGUAAAUACAUAUUCUGUGUAUAUAUAUAUUAAAUAUUGUCGUAACUAUGAAUCGAUAACAAUUCAAAUACAACAUUAAUCUGUAUCAUAAAAAAUCUCGAAUGUGAUCAGCAUAAAUAUGUAAUAUAUAUUUAUUCACUUUCACAUUUCAUUCGAUCUUAUUGAUUCACUUCAAAUUGGGAUUUAUUUUAUAUUUCGUCAAUCGAUUCAGCGUGAAAUUAUAUAUGAAUAUUUUGGAGUUAUUCCAAUGGAGGAAAUAAAUUCAAAAAAGGACAAGGUAUGAUGAUACUGAUUUUGUAGAAAAUGAUGAGAAGCGUACCAUAAAGUAGUUAUUUUUGGAGAAUAAUAAUCAAAUUCGUUUUUUAUUUUCAAUUUUUUUCAAAUAGUUGCCAUUUUGAAAUAUUGUUAUCAUAAUUUAUUUUCAUGGCAUAAAUUAUUGUAAAUGUAUAUUAUAACGUGAAAAGAUUUCAAAAAAGUACCUAUAUACAAAGAAUUGAGGAAAAGUAGAGACGCGGUGGAGAGAAUGAUGUAAAAUCGAGAGAGAGAAAGAAAAACCUAAAUUAAAUAAAUGAUUAAAUUUAAAAUUAAAUUAAAUGAACAACAAAUCAAUAUGAAAGUAAAUUUUUUCUAAAUAACAUGGCAAUAUUCAAUAAGAGUUCCGUUAUCACGCGCGGUACCGGAUAUCUUUUCAGAAAGCAGAGCGAAAAUGAAAAAAGAAAAGAAAGCUUCAACGACAAGUAAAAUAAGUAACGUGAAAAACUAAACUACUAAUAUUGUUACUACGGUCACCUACUACUACUACCACUGCUACUACCACUAUUACUACUACUACUACUACUACUACUACUACAUGAUACGAUUUACUAUAGCAAAUAAAUUACGUCUACGAAAAGGAGAUGGAAACAAAAAUAAAUGAAUGAAUGAACGAAAAGUAAAAAUAUGACAAAAAACAAAAAGUAACACUAGACUGUAAAACUUAACUGUAUUAAAUGUAUAAAUGUGUAUCCCGAUGAACUUCUCCCGAAUUCUCUGGACAAAUAUCAUUAUCGUUAUUAUUAACAUUAUUAUUACUAUUAUUAUUAUUAUUAUCGUUAUUGUUAUUAUUAUUACUAUUAUUAUUAUUUUAUCAAUAGUAUUAUCAUCAUUACAAUUAUUCCUAUUCUUACGAUUAUUAUUUUUAUUACGUAUGUAUAUUUUUUUUUUUUUCUUUUUUCUCAUGUAUACGCGAAAGAUGCAUGACGCAGCUAUAAUUAUAAUAAUGGCGAGGAAAAAGGAAGAAGAAAAGAAUAAAAGGUCAAUAACGUAUAAUCGAUUUAUAAUCGUGAAAAAAAAGAGAAAAAACAAAAAAUGUACAGGCGGCAGAUUCGGAAAAAUUUAAUGUCAAUUUAUUACUAAUUGUUUUGCAAAAAUAUUUAAUUAUUUAUUAAAUUUCGUUUUAUUUUUUUCCUCCUAUUAUCAUUAUUAUCAUUAUCAUUGUUCUUAUCAUUAUAAUAAUAAUUAUUAUUAUUUUCCUUCGACAAUUCGCCAUGUGAUCGGGACGUGGAGCUUUUUUUCCGAGCUCCGAUAAAAUGUCCUUUGAAAUUAUAUAAACCUAAUUUCGGAACGUUUUUUUUUUAUUUUUUAUUUUAAUUUAUUUCAUUUUACGCGCCCUCGAUUUUUUUUCUUGCUAUCGAUGCCAAUAACUCGCAGAGACGGAGACUGCAGUGAAUUGAAAAAACAAAUAAAUAAAACAAAUAGAAGAUCGACAAAAAAUGAUUUUUUGAAACUAAGAAUGAUUAUUAACGUAACUCGAUAUAAUGUAUUUCAAGCAUAAAAUAUACAUUAUGUUUACAUAAAUUCAUAUGUAUGUAAAUAUAUCGAAAAUGAUUCUCUUAUUAUAAAAAAUGGAAGAAAAAAAUUGCGCAGAAUUUCACUCGGUUUAUGUUAUUCUAAUAAAUUAAUUAUUGUAAUAUGUAAUAAUUAAAAAUCUAUUACGUUUAUGACGAGAAGAACAAGAAAAAAAUAUAUAUAUAUAUAUGUACGAAUAAUUAUGAAGGAGUAAUAUAGACAAUGAGAGAAGAGAAGUAAAAACAUACUACGAUAGAUUGGGAGAAAUGAAGAAAAAAAAAUAACAAAAAAUGAACAAGAAAAAACUGAAAAAAACUUUUUGAACGUUGUAAAUAGUGUAAAUAAUGCUUUGUACAUGUUGAAUACUUGUAAUGUAAAUGAAAUGAAAAAGGAAAACUCACAAUAAAUGAAUAAAAUAAUGAAA